AUGUCGGGCUCAGCAGAGCCCCCGGAUGAACCCACUGAGGAUAUCCUGGCGGAGGACCCGGACCAGGAGACUGUUGUAGAGGCACCACGGGAGGCCAGCUGUUGGGAAAGGGCCAAACAGGACGUGCUACAGCAAACCUUGACGGGCACAGUGCCGUUGUUGACAGUCGUUAGGGCCGCUACUUGUGUGUUCAUAUUCGGAGGCAUUUGUAUUGCAUACGGCCUGGCACUGCUGAUCUCGGCAAACGCGAUACGCGAAAUAGAGUUGGACUAUACGUCUAUUCCUGGCGAUGCUAACGGAGUUGUCACUAUGAGGACGAUAGUUCAAAGCGAGAUGGAGGCCCCUGUAUAUGUCUACUACCGACUGGGCAGGGUCUAUCAGAAUCAUCGAUUGUACAUCACAUCAGUGAACACGGCUCAGCUGAAGAAGGGCAGUACUAUGUUGGCUGGGGAUGUGGACACCUGUACGGAUUGGAAGACCGCUGAUGAUGAGCCUGCCAGGUUUGGUGAAAUCGAUAGAAGAGUGCUCUACCCUUGUGGCCUUAUUGCUCGGUCAGUGUUCAAGGACAAGUUCUUCCUCUCUGUGAGGAACUCCACUACGAUCGUCUCAACGCUUGAAGUGGACCAGAAUCCGGAAAGGGUGAAUCCGAAACCGCAGGUCGCGACGAAGAACCCCGAAAAAGCCGAUCUCGUGCAAGGGUCGGAUUUCUAUAGAACGCACAACUUCUGGUUGUUGGAGGAGUUCCCCCCGCAAGUUUGUGUACCAGCUGAUAGCAGCACUGUCCCUAUCCCCACACGGGUGGCACGUACGUACGGUUGUAUGGACGCGUAUUGGUGUUGCCUUUUGACCUCGCUUUAG